AACUGUCCUAUAUUCCCUUCUAUCGAGCAUCUUCUCAAAUAAAAGCUAAUUUUUGGUGCUUCAAAAGCUACCAAUUUUCAUGGAGCCAAUUGUCAUCAAAUGGAGACCCAUCUCCAUUAUUUUGCUGCUGCUUCUCCAGCUUUCCAUGUCUAGUUUUUCAGCAGGAAGGUUUGGUGUUUCGGAUAACGAAGUUUACGAGAUUGAUUAUAGAGGUCCGGAGACACACUCUGCAACUCCUCCGCCGGAUAAUUCUCAUCACCAUCGGAAAACCGAUACUUUGCCACCCCACAAAUCCUCAAAGGGGUUAAAGAGUGGUAUUGGUAACAAAGGGAGAAAUGCUAAAAAAAUUCAUGGUUGAUGAAUUGGAAAAAAUAAGAAGGUUUUUGGGAAGCUUCUUUGAAUGUUAAAUUUUUAUACGAAUUUGUAACUAUUUUGUUAGGUGUUUUUUCUUAUAGUUGUGGAGAUUUUAUGUGAGAUUUGAGAAAUAUUUGUUAAUUUAAGGUUUUAGACACAUAUAAAGUUUGAGUAAUUAAUUAAAUGUGACU